AUGGCCGCCGCGGCGACGACGCGCGUCGGCGAGCUCCCUGUGGUCGUGCAGCGCGAGAUCAGCGCCUUUAGCGCGCGGCUGCGGCGGCAGCAAAAGCGCACGUCCGCCGACGUGGCGCGGCAGGCGCUCAAGAUUAUGCGGGAGGUGGUGACUCACACAGCGGUGCGCGACGUCUCGUGGCUGAUCAGCUCGAUCAAGCUCACCGGCCAGCUGCUGAUCGCGGCACAGCCGCACGAGCUCGUCAUCGGCAACAUGGUGCGGCGGGUGCUCCACAUUGGCCCGUCGCUGAUGAAGAUGCUGGACGCGCACACCGACGUCGUCUCAGUUGUGAUCAUCACGACGAGGGAGCGCGACCCGACCGUCGAGACCUUCCUCCGCGCCGCGCACAAGAAGCGGCCCUUCGAGGUCGUCGUCGCGCAGACGGCGCACGCGCAGACGUACACCAACUCUUCCUGCCAGUGGCGGCAGUAG